AUGCUUUCCGUAAAAGCAAAUUUUGUAACGGCGCGCAAAGGAGGAAGCGUAACAAGAAAUAUCAAAGCAACCACUUCACGUUUGUUAGCAGCAAAGCAGGCCCAGCUCUAUCAGCAAUCAUGCAUCAGCAAUCUCUCCACUGAAAACCAACCAACAGAUGUAGCCUUGGAAUGGCAGAGGGCACGUCCAUUUAGCGAGAUACCUAAAGCUAGCGCAUUUAAGUUCAUAAGUAAAUUUUUACCAGGUGGCCCGUAUUCCAAAUUAGAUUUCAGUCAGCUAGUCACGGCUAUGCUGAAGGAUUAUGGACCUAUUUUCCUCAUGCCAGCUAUGCCAGGUCGACCCAGCAUCUUAGUGACACACAAUCCAGACGAUUUUGAAAAUCUUUUUCGCAACGAAGGUGCAUGGCCGAUAAGGCCACUCUCGGAAGCUGUACGCUAUUAUCGCAAUAAGCUGCGCGCGGACUUUUUUGAGGGCGUAGAAGGUGUAAUAGCAACACAUGGCGAGCAAUGGAGCUCAUUUCGUACGAUUGUAAAUCCGAUACUUAUGAAGCCGAAGAACACGAAUAUGUAUCUCAACAAAAUGGCACAAGUGAAUCAGGAAUUUGUCGAUAAAAUCCGCUUAAUACGCAACCCCGAUACCUUGGAAAUGCCAGACGAUUUUAAGGAAUAUCUUCAACGUUGGGCCCUGGAGUCGGUUGCUAUUGUAGCACUUGACAAGCAACUUGGCUUGCUGCGAGAUGACAGUGAAAAUUCUUCAGAAGUUUUGAAACUCUUUUCGGCCUUAAAUGAUUUCAUGGAACUCUCUUUCGAUUUGGAAUACAAGCCUACAUUGUGGCGGGUGGUAGCCACACCAAAAUUUAGACGUCUCAUGCGAGCAAUGGAUGAUAUCAAAAGUGUAACAUGGAAAUUUGUGACGGAGGCAGUUAGAAAACUAGAGGUGGAAAAGCAGCAAGGCAUCGAACAACCAGAGCACAAGAAGAGUGUUUUGGAGAGGUUGAUAAAGCGAAAUGACAGAGUAGCGGCAGUGAUGGCUAUGGAUAUGAUGAUGGCGGGCGUGGAUACGACAACCAGCUUAGUUGCAGGGGCUCUAUUAUGUUUGGCGAAGAAUCCCGAAAAACAGGCGCGAUUACGCGCAGAAGUAAUGCGUGUUCUGCCACAAAAGAAUAGCAACUUCACAGCAGAUGCAUUGAAUAACAUUCCCUAUCUACGCGCUUGCCUUAAGGAAUCACUACGCGUCUACCCAAUCGCGAUCGGAAAUAUGCGAGUGCCACAAAACGAUCUCGUUUUAAGCGGUUAUCGUGUGCCUAAAGGUACUUUGGUGAGCAUGAUUUUCUCGACUUUACAAGCGAACGAACGUUAUUUUGCACGACCCUUGGAAUAUUUGCCGGAACGUUGGCUACGAUCUGGUGAGGAAGACCACGAGCCGAAUACAGCAGCAGCAACCAAGUGUGCACAGUCUUUAAAACCGAGCAGCCCGUUCGUUUACUUGCCAUUCGGUUUUGGGCCUAGAGUAUGUGUGGGGCGUCGAAUAAGUGAAUUGGAAGUGGAGGCAGGAAUAGCAAGAUUAGUUAGGAAUUUUAACAUAGAAUUCAAUUAUCCCACCGAUAACGCUUUCAAGAGUGUGUUAAUCAAUAUGCCAAACAUACCGUUAAGGUUUAAAUUGACUGAUAUUGAUUAA